AUGGCGUCUGCUUCAGGGGUCUCGAUUGAUCAAGACUGCAUCACAGCAGCCAAUGCUCUUCGCUUCUCCAAAGGUCCUGAUAAAAUCAAAUUCAUUAUUUUCAAGAUCACCGACGACGAACAAAAUGUUAUAGUUGAAGAGACUAGUUCCGAAACAGAAUACGAAGUCUUUCGUCAGAAACUGCUUUCGAGUGUUGACAAGAGUGGAAGACCAUCACCACUAUACGCAGUUUACGAUGUAGACUACGAUCUUGGGGAGGAUGGAAAGAGGCAACUUCGCAUGCUUUACGCCAGUACCAUGGAGUAUUUGAAAAAGGCAGUCAAUAUCGGCGCUUUUAUCCAUGCUGAUGAUCAAGAAGACAUUGAAUGGGAGGAAUUCGUCAAGACUGCAAGUGGUGGCAAGGCCAAGUAG